AUGGCUAGAAUUAACUACAAAGAAUUUAGUGAUGUCAUAUCGUUCGACGGGACCUUUCGCACGAACAAGCAUGCGAUGAUUUUCGUUCCUUUUUUGGUUGUUGGCAAUCACAAAGCUUCCAUUGUUGUCGGCUCCGCUCCAAUAAGUGGCGAGACAAUUGAAAACUUUACAUGGGUUCUCAGAGCUUUCCUAAAAUGCCAUGAGAAGAAACUAGUUUUCGUGAUUAUGGAUCAAUGUUCGGCAAUGAAGCAAGCAAUUUCGUUGGUGUUUAGGAAAGCCAAGCACCGACUAUGUAUGUGGCACAUUAUGAAAAGGGUGCCUUCUAAGUGUCCCGUAAUUACUCAUCCAACACGGUCGAAUGCGAGUGCAAUCUAUUCACGCAUAAAGAUACAAUCCACAAGAGUUCGAUGUGGUGAGGUGGAUGCCGAGAAAGAUAAGUGUAUAAUUGAUGUCUAUUCCAAAUUCGAUGACAUAAUAAGUAUCUCCCGAAAUAAUAAAUCUAUAUUGGCUAAAUUGGAGCAGAAUCUUGACAAAUUCAUGGUUGAUAUCGAAAAAGAAGCACCAUAUGAAGAACCAUCCCAACAAAAUUUGGAUGCGAUCAUAGAUCAUCUUGGUGUUUCCAUACCUGAUGAGGUGGAUAUUCUACCACCAUCUGGAAUAAGAGACAAGGGUUGUGGUACUGGUAAGAGGUUGGUCAGUGUGUCUGAGAAAAUGCAGUCUAAAAGCAAAAAAGCAAAAAGAAAAUGUGCAACGUGUGGCCAGCGUAGCGGUCAUGGCUAA